GACCGAGGGGCGGGUACGUGCACCGUGCGCCUUAAACGCGCGCUUUUCUUACGCACAGGCAAGCGCAUCUUUUGUGAAGCAGGCUAGAUGCUACGUUAGCCCCAGCGUUGGCCUGAAAAACUACGGGUCCGUAAAUCUCACAGAAAACACACGUUUUUGCGGCGGAUAACCGGCAACACAUUCAAAGGGAAUGCAUGUUGCAGUUUGGAUCAACGACAAUGAAACGAUGCCUGUGUUGGCUAUGCUUACGUCCAGCUAAACAAACCGGCGCUAGCUUACUUGCUAAGUACACCGUCCGGGAAGUGCCUUUGGCCUGCAACAGCGUAGUGUUCGGCAGCAAAGCUUGCAAUGGGCAAAAAGUCUCGCGAAGAGGACUCCUCAUCCUCGGAUGAGGAAGAAUAUGUUGUGGAGAAGGUGCUGGACAGGAGGGUGGUGAAAGGCAGAGUUGAGUUCUUCCUGAAGUGGAAAGGAUACUCAGAUAAGCACAAUACUUGGGAGCCAGAGAAGAAUCUGGAUUGCCCAGAACUUAUUUCAGAAUUCAUGAAGACCUACAAGAAAAGCAGCACCAGCACCACCAGCAGCAGCAGCAGCGGCGGUGGUGGUGGUGGUGGCGGAAGCUCCACACCUAGCGGCGGGGCCAGUAAAACAAACGCAGGCCCCUUGGGACGAUCCAAAGACUCGAGCAGCUCGAAGAAGAGAAGCUCAGAUGACGAUGAGGAAGGUGGAAGUAAAGCCAAAAAGAAAAAAGAGGAUGACAUUCUAGUUGCCCGUGGGUUUGAACGGGGACUUGAGCCAGAGAAGAUCAUUGGAGCAACUGACUCGUGUGGAGACCUUAUGUUUCUUAUGAAGUGGAAAGACUCUGAUGAGGCGGAUCUUGUGCUUGCCAAGGAGGCAAAUCAUAAGUGUCCACAGAUCGUCAUAGCCUUCUAUGAGGAACGUCUCACCUGGCAUGAAGACGGUGACAAGAAGGAGAAAGACGCUGUCAGUGCGUGAGUGCAUGACCUCAGGAGGAAACGGGACCUCCUCCAUUGCAGGGACAAGCUCGAUUCAGACAUUUUCCCACACCAACCCUCCCAUCCACCCUCUUUACCAUGUCCUACAACAGAGCACAAGGGCCCCAGACUGCUGAGAAGAAUCCAUCGGGCAGGAGGAGAAGCUGUAGCGGACAUAUGUGAUAUGCUACUGGGGAGGGUUUCUGCUGUUCUGUCUUUUGUAUUCUUUACCAUCUUUUUUUUAUAUCUUGACUUGUCAUGUUUUAUGACAAAUAUGAUAUUUUGCAUCCAUGUGUGCAGGUGGUCAUCUGUUAAAACUAAGAAUAUCGUCUUGAGAGUCAGGGUUGGGACAAGCUGUGUAAACCAUGGACCCAUCCCAAUGCAAGCAGUGCCCCCAGCUUUCUUUAAGAACCCUAUGAUAAGGAGAACAUAGUAUUGUUAAUCAGGAAGCAACCACAGCAGCAUUUUCCUAAGUGCAUAAUAAUCACUUUAUCUCCUGUAGAUUUUUUCGGUUUCUUCGGUCGACUUGAAAAACAACUAUUCAGUUUGCAAACUUGCUGAGGACACCGGCCAAAUCAUCUCUUUAUAAUGUAGUGAUGAUAUCCGUGUUGGUAUUUUUUUAAAUGUCUUUUUUUAAUCUCUUCUGAUAACCGAGUUUUAACAUGUGAAUGUUGUGUUGUGGUUUUUUUUCUUUUCUUAAUGCUACCACAGUUGAAGAAAAGGACAAUAAAAAAGAUUGUACUGAGUUUUAAACUGUUCUCCCACAUCCCCCACCUUUUUUUUUUUUUAAUUUUUUUAGCAGCAGCAGCGUUUUAUUUGGACCAGUCUCAUUUUCACAGGUUGGACAUUCUUCACCGUCUCUCUAGAUUGAGUGAAACCAGCAUUCACACCAGCCAUUGAGUUCUGCCACCUUGUGGCUAAAUGAUGAAGCUCUUUAGAAACAUGAGACCAAUCUGUACAAUGACGACAACUGCUGUUAGUGAUACAUGCAUAGAUGUUUUUUAGAGGUAUUUUUUUAACAAUGCAAAACUGUUGAAGCCACUUAGCAACUGGGAGGGUUAAUGAUUGUUAUUGUCAUGAUGAUUAGAAGCAUUAAAACCAGUUUCUGGUUGGCUUAUGCAUAUCAUUGGUUUUAUUGUAAUGACUAACAUGGUGGUUCCUGGUUACAAGUGUUAAAAUAUUUCUGGGACCAAGUUGCAACCUGGAAAAUUGAGAUCAGUUCCUCUACACAAAAAAGAUAGGAUACCGAUUUUUGAUUGGCUGUGUUCCAACAUGGACUCUUGAGACUGGAUUUUAAAUGUUUACAGACAGAUCUGCUUUUUUUUUUUUACCCCUUAAGUAAUUUCAGCAAUAUUGGGCAUUGUGAAUGAAAGGCUUGGAUCUUUGCCACUUCACAUACAUAACUUAAAUCACUUAGAUUAUGACUUGUUAUUAUCCGUCAUUAAAUAUUUUGUCCUUUCGCACCCCUUGGGUUUUGUCAGUUAUAACUGGGGCAGAAUUUAUAAAAAGUAGACUUUCUUGUGAAUUAAAUGUUAAAAGUAUGUGUACAGCAGCACCCUUUUAAAUAAACAUUUUCAAUGUUAAA